UAACCAAUGAGCAUAUGCUCAUUGCCCUAACCCAUGGGUUUUAGCACCCGCAUAUAGAUUGAACCCGCGGGUAUACACAUGGAUUCAAAUGUACGUGGGUUCAAAUGACCUAGGUAAAGCUAGCUGAUACUCUGUACGGUCACCGUUAUGACAAACCCACUAGAAGUUAUUGUGGUACGAAAACCAAUUUUUGCAUUACCGGUACUGUCUGAUACCUAAUUCAGUGUUUUGUCAAGUUAAAUACUGUAAUAAAGGUCAACAUGAGUGUUUUUGUAUUUGACAACAUUCUGGAGGUUAUGAAUAAAUUUGAAGAGUAUAAAGCCGAAACUCAAAGCAAAUGGAGAAAAAUAGAAUCAAGAGGACCACUGUUUCUUCAACCAGGUCCUGAUACAUAUGAAACCAUUGAUCAUUUAACAACAAGAGGUUCAUCAAAUUAUAAUCGGUUUCUCAACUGGGCUCCUCUUCGAUCACUCAAUGAUCAUACACCUUAUGUAUCUAUUGGACGACAUAUUUAUGGAUGCUUUUAUGGAGUAGAUCCAAGCCGUCCAAGAAAAAUAUAAAAAAUCUUGAAAAGGAAAUGGAAUAUAUGUCGGAACAAGAAAGAAAAGAAGCAGCAGAAGAGAGGCAAAGUUUUUUGGAGAUGGCUGAUGUUCAAUGUCCUGCAAGAGCUCGACUCUUUUAUGUCAUUAAAUUUCCUACUCUCAAGACGCAUGUUCAUGAGAAGCGAAAAGCCAUGGCACAGUUGUUUGAUAAAAUAAUGAAAACAAAUCCAUUACAACUUCAUGUUAAGCAUACAUAUGUUAUGGAAUUACCGCACGAGACUUCACAUUCUGAUCAUCCAUGCCCUGAUUUCAGCAUCACAUCAAACAAUAGAAUCGGCGACAGGGCAAUGCAUGAUGCCGUUCAAUGGUACAUGCAAGGAAGGGAGGAAGGAAUAAGCCAUGUUGUUAUAAAUACAGAUGAUACUAGUGAUUUCAUGAGCGAUGCGAAAGAGGAAUUUUCAACUUCAACUCCAAAUUCUGUUGAUGAAAUUGCUCAGAAAAUUAUGAAUCAUAAUAAGAAAACAUUUUCUUCACGAAAAAUACAUCCAGUCAAUAAUGAAGAUCAUGAGGAUGAACUUCGUUCACUAGUUUCAAAAACAGAAAAGAUAAAAGAAACCAUGCAACCUAGUUCAUCAGGAAUACAAACUGUCAAACAUCAUUGUCAGACACAAAGCAGCACUAAUUCCAGCGACCCUGAUGAAUUUUUUUUGUUGUCACUCGUUCCACAAUUCAAGAUGUUGUCACCGCGGAAAGCGUCAGAAGUUCGGAUAGAAUUUUUGAAGGUUCUUCAUAAAGCGCAAUUUGAGAGUAAAUGAAUCAGUUUGGUUUGCAAAUCGAACAAGAGCUGGUAUUUACCUCUCAUGGUUAGUGAUGGUAGAUUUGGCCUAGUGGUUAAAGCAAUGAUCUAUGUUGGCGUCGUGGCUUAAACAUCUCGGGUUAAAGUCUCAUGCCUAUCAAUACCAUACAAUCUCACCCAGGGUGUAGUAAAUUGUGUAGGCAAUCUAAACUGAAAAGAUUAGGUACCUCCAAAAUAUACCUAGUAUAGUUUCUUACAUAAUAUCGUUAUAUGUCUGUGGAUACUUGUGCAUGGACAUGAAAAAUCGCUCAUCGAAGGUAUUAUAUGAUAGUUGGUUUGGUCCAUCCAUCUACACAAUUGCCCUAAUUUGUGCUUUAUUUUAGUAAAAGUGUGAAAAAUACAAGUACAGCUGUGGUUGGAAAUAUUUUAAAAUCAUAUUAAUUUUACUGCUAUCUGAUAAAUUUGCAGUGUUAUUAUAUUAUAUUCACUCAAAAUUCUUAAUUGUGAGUACUUUUUGCCUCAUACUUGCCAAGUUGCCAUUAUUUAUAUGUAUCUAACAUAACAUAGUGUUGGAUCUCUACCAUUACUUUCCAAGACUGAAAAUUGGCACCCUUUCGUACAACUAAAAUAGAAUUGAUGUUUUCUUUCAUUUGCGCUAUAGUACUUUAAUCAUCCAAUUGCAAUUCUUUAGCAGCUCAUGGUGUUUCAGUUGUCACUGGAACAAAUCCUCUUUAAAAAUAUUAUCUUGAUGUCCAACUUCCCUGAAAACGACCGUCUCCAAGAACGGAUAAUCGUGCAAUAGAAUUUGUACCUGGGAGAACACCUUGCGUUUCAUAUCAUUUAUUACAAUCAUAUUCCAAAAUUGUUUCAUUCAUAUAAACUGUCACUUUUGGUUGUCUUCUGUCGAUGUUUUGUUUCUAUCGUUAUAAGUUAUAUAUUUUGUUCUCCCCUUCCACUUUAUACUCGUUUCGACAUGAAAAUAUACCUAUUUUAGCUUUAAUAAUUUAAUUCUUUAUGCGCUUUCAUUCACAACCUUGUCUUUGCACUCUUAUAUUAUUUUUAAUAAAAAAUAAUAAUGCACAAAUAUAAUUUAACAAAAAUGCA